AUGCCGCGGUCUCUUCCCACCGCUCAGAGAGCGGUGGGCAAAGGACGCCCCCCUCCUCCCCCACAGGUUUCUCCAGACUCAACUCACUACAUCCGCAACCUCGACCCCCGCCCCUUUCUCCCCUCCCCCCCCACCCCCACGGCUCUCCGCGGCUGUGGCUACCCCUGCCCCCAAACCGGCUCAAAACACGCGGACGCGGACCCGGGCCCCCCACCCCCCCCUCCCGGCUCUGGUCCUUCCCCUCCCCCUCCCCCCCGAGGUGCCACUUACCCCCGAGGCGGGAGUGGGGGAAGGGAGAGGAGGAGCGGAGUAGGGGAGGGGGCUUCGGUCCGGGGCGGCUCUCAGCCCCGGGGGGCCGGGGCCGGGGCCAGCGGCAGCGGCGGCGCAGCGUCUCCCCCCGGCGGCGGCAGCGGCGGCGGCGGCGCCGUCCCACUCCCGCAGGCACACAUAGGCUCCAUUGUCCGCCGGCACCUCCCCCUUUCCGGCUCCCCCCUCCCGGUCCCGCCCCUUCCCCCUCCCCUCGGCCCUCCCCCAGCCGCACCGCGCCACGAAAGGUACCGCCGGCCCCGCCUCGGACGCGAGCGGAGAGGUGCCCCCUCCCCCGGCCCCGGCGUCCCGCCCGGCGGGGGAAUGGGGACUGCCCCUCCCCGCGCGGGGCCCGCCGCCGGGAAAGGCCCGCCCCCCUCCAAGGGAAUGUCAUUCGUCCCCCUCCCGGAACGCGCGCAAUGGUACCAACCCGGCUGCUUCCUCCUCCCCCUCCCCGGCCUUCCCGGAGAGGCACCGCCCCCAUCGCCCCGCCCACCAAGUAGCCUCGCCUCCUUGACCCCGCCCCUCCCUCGAACAUUUUACUAUGGGACCGCCCACCGCCAGCACCACCUCCUGCUUUGCAUGGACACGCCCACACGGUCCCCGCCCCAGUUCGUCACCCGGCCAGAGGUGACGCCUACUCCCCACCUUAAAGCGGCAGAGCCCUCUUUCUCAACUAAAAGAACCUCCCAGAGGGCCGGCGGGGUGGGAGGUGCGGCCAGGGAGGGUCUCCUCUUUUCCGCACCUUCCCUCCGGCGCGCACACUCACCCGGACCUCCCCACCGCCAGCCGCAGCACUGGGGAGCAACCCUAGGGGGCCAGUAG